AAGAAGCAGCUUGAACCACCUGAGAGACUAGCCCUCCACGAAAGAGGACCACGCCGUGGCGAACGGAUGCUUUAUUAUGAUGCGCUCGCUGGGGGUGUUCGUGGCUGUCGCUGCGGGGACGACGACCUUGCAGAAUGUUUUUGAGGGGGCGGUGGCAACAGCACAGCAGACGAUCGAGGGGUCAUCUCAAGAGAUGAUCGAUUCGGCCCGCCACACGAUCGAGAUGAUACCUACGCUGCCGGAGCCGGAGCGCUCAAUUGUGGUCGAUGCCUACGCCGCAGCCUUCGCAGCCCUAUUCGGUAUCUGCGUGAUCUCGGCCGGCUUAAUCGUGCUCAGCCUGAAAGGGGUCCGUGUGCAGGUACUUGGAUUCGGAGAGUAUGGCAAGCAAGCUGGGUCUGAGACCGCUGAAGAAGAGGGGAGCUUUGAGAUGGAGAGAGCCAGGCCAUAGAGUGGGAGUUUCAAGUUGUUUCCUUGCUUGGAGGUGGG